GGGGCUGUCUCUGACAGGCCAGCCGCUCGAGUUCCCAGAGUUCCUAUUGGCUCGUCGCGGGAGCUUCAAGAUGGCGGCGGCAGCUACCUGCGGCGCGGGCGUCCUCAGCUCUGGGUGUGUGUCACCCGCAGCCGGCCAGAGCGGCACCACCAGCUUCCAGAGGAGGAGCAAGGCCUCUGGGGCUGACGGAGGUGGCCCUCGGCUGCUGUCCAUUGCGGGCACGCGACCGUCGGUGCGGAAUGGACAGCUGCUGGUGUCAACCGGGCUCCCAGCCCUGGACCAGCUCUUAGGUGGAGGUUUAGCUGUUGGAACAGUUCUUCUGAUUGAAGAAGAUAAAUACAAUACUUAUUCACCUUUGCUCUUCAAGUAUUUCCUGGCAGAAGGAAUCGUCAAUGGGCAUACUCUGUUGGUUGCAUCUGCCAAAGAAAAGCCUGCUGACAUUUUACAGGAACUCCCUGCACCACAACUUGAUGAUAAUGGUAAAAAAGAACUUGAUGAUGCACAUAAUCCUCAAACACCAGAUGCAGAUGUUAACAUGAAAAUAGCCUGGCGAUACCAGUUUCUACCCAAGAUGCAGAUUGGACCAGUGUCAUCUUCACGAUUUGGUCACUAUUAUGAUGUAUCAAAAAGGAUUUCUCAGGAGCUUCUGGGGAGUUCAAAAUGGCAUGGAUUCUUCCUUCCAGAACACAUAACUUCAGAACUUAAGGGAGAAUCCUGUUCUUUGUCCCGAGGCUACGUGAAUCUGCUUCAGUUCAUCCAGAACGUCAUUUAUACUGAAGGAUUUGAUGGCUCUAAUCCCCAGAAAAAACAGAAAAACAUUUUAAGAAUAGGAAUUCAGAACCUUGGCUCACCAUUAUGGGGAGAUGACAUUUGCUGUACAGAAAACUGUGACAACAGCCUCUGGCUUACCAAGUUCCUCUACGUUCUCCGUGGCCUUCUAAGAACCUCACUGUCAGCCUGUAUCAUCACAAUGCCAACACAUCUGAUCCAGAAUAGAGCAAUUACUACUCGUGUGAGAAAUUUGUCAGAUACAGUAGUUGGUCUGGAAUCUUUUAUUGGUUCAGAGAGUGAAACCAACCCAUUAUAUAAGGAUUAUCAUGGUUUGAUCCAUAUACGGAAGAUUCCGCGGCUUAAUAACUUGACUUGUGAUGAAUCGGAUGUCAAAGACUUAGCUUUUAAGUUAAAAAGGAAGCUGUUCACCAUUGAGCGACUGCAUUUGCCUCCAGACUUGUCAGACACAGUGAGCCGUUCAAGCAAACAGGAUCUGGCAGACUCCGCCAAGCUGCUGGGCCCAGGCUGUGGCAUGAUGGCCGGAGGCAAGAAGCACCUGGACUUCUAGGGAAUCCUCCUUAGUAACUGCAUGCGGAAUUAUCUGACACCCUAAUUAUGAUUGCAAAUAGCUUAUGUAAAUAUUUUUCUUAAUGAUUUGACCCUCCAGUCUUUGAAAAACACGGGAUUUCAAACGGAGCCACGUUCUUCAGUUUGGGUUGUUUCAUUGUUUGUUUUUUCCACCAACUUUUGUACAAAAACAAUAGAGCAGAAAUACCAUCAUUUGACAUUUAGCUGCUGUUGUGUAUUUUAAAAUACUAAUUGAUUUUUAAAUAAACACCAAAAAUACCCUAAAA